CCUCUCUGCUUUCUUCCACACCUACUUCCAACUGAACGGUCCCGCUCUUUCCUUCUAGCGGACGACUGUGCGACCAUGGCCCUGGGUCCCGCCGAGGUCGCUCAUGGUCCGAUGUUCAUUGGACUCUUCCUGAACGUUCUCCUUUUCGGUAUGGUCAUCCUGCAGACACACACGUACUUCACGACGGUAUGGCGGAAAGACUCUCGCUGGAUCCACUCUUUCGUCCUUCUUGUCCUGCUCCUGGAUACCUUGAACACCUUUUUCGACUUUGCGUAUCUCUACAUGGCGCUUGUCGUUCAUUUCGGUGAAGGCGACCUGCAAUACCUGCAAUCCGCAACUUGGCUCUUCAUGACAGACCCUAUAAUGACGGCCAGCAUUGCGUGCCUCGUUCAGAUCUUCAUGGGAUGGAGGGUGUAUCUGCCGACGAGGAAUAUCGUCUGGUGCGGUGUUGUGAUCACCGUGAUGGCACUCGCUGGUCUUGCGGGAGGGCUGGGUGCGGUGGAAUUGCUGACGUCGACAACUGCUGUCGAGGGAUUGCGCAGACCCCAGUUUCAACAGUUCCAAGCUGCUAAACCCUACGUGAUCACCUGGCUCGCGUGCGAGGUUGUGGCGGAUAUCUUGAUAGCAAGCAUCCUCGUCGUCCAACUGAAUUCCGACCGUGCCGCGGGACUUGCAAAUGAAGUGAUUCACAGAGGCAACGUCGCACAGGAUUUGCGAGAACCGAUGCUGUUGUGGACCACAUCGUCACCAUGUCGAUACAAACCGGAUCGAUCACCUGCCUGUUUGCUGUCUUGGACCUCAGCUUUUAUCUCGCUACUAGCUCAGGAAUUCCCGAAUUGCAGUCACCUGGCCUUCAACUUUCCGCUUUGCAAGCUGUAUACCAACACUUUGUUGAGCAGCCUCAAUAGCCGAAGAGGUUGGGGAUAUGACGAAGAGGACGGCAACACCGGCAGGACUGAGGAGAGCGCUCUGGUCGACCAGGAUAUCAGAUUUGUCGGUCUCCAAAAGAAACCAGUGCCACCUCCGCGAGAUUCCUUCGUGCCUGUGAUCGAUGUUGAGAUAUUGGCUCUCUUGAAUAACGAACCAGGCAACGAGGCGGAUUUGACAAACACCUUGGUUGGUUCGCAUCACACAGAGUCGAGUCAAAAGAUAAUGGAGUGAGCAAACGCGCAUGUACACAAAUACAACAACAACAACAACAACAACAAGGAGCGGAUAGGCAUAGUACAGGGACAGGCAUAGGCAUAGGCAUAUAGGCAUAAACAUAAUAACAGAACUUCAGAGAG